GACGUCGGGCGUGCGUGGGUGACGUCUGGCGGCCUCUCUCAUUCUGGUCCCGGUCCCGUCCUCGCUGCCUCUCGGCCUGUCCUGCCUGUGCCGCCCACCCGGCCCGUCCCCGCGCGAUGGCGAACGUGGCCGACACCAAGCUCUAUGACAUCCUGGGGGUGCCGCCCGGGGCCAGCGACAACGAGCUUAAGAAGGCAUACAGAAAGCUGGCCAAGGAAUACCACCCUGAUAAGAAUCCAAAUGCAGGAGACAAAUUCAAAGAAAUAAGCUUUGCCUAUGAAGUUCUGUCAAAUCCUGAGAAACGCGAGUUAUAUGAUCGAUAUGGAGAACAGGGCCUUCGAGAAGGUAGUGGUGGAAGUGGUGGAAUGGACGAUAUUUUCUCGCACAUUUUUGGUGGUGGAUUGUUCAGUUUCAUGGGUAAUCAGAGUAGAAGUCGCAAUGGUAGAAGAAGAGGAGAAGAUAUGAUGCAUCCACUUAAAGUGUCUUUAGAAGAUCUAUAUAAUGGAAAGACAACCAAACUACAGCUUAGCAAGAAUGUCCUUUGUAGUUCAUGUAAUGGUCAGGGUGGGAAGUCUGGAGCUGUUCAGAAGUGUAGUGCUUGCCGAGGUAGAGGUGUACGUAUCAUGAUCAGACAGCUGGCUCCUGGGAUGGUUCAGCAGAUGCAGUCUGUGUGCUCUGAUUGCAAUGGAGAAGGUGAAGUUAUUAAUGAAAAAGACCGUUGUAAAAAAUGCGAAGGGAAGAAGGUGAUCAAAGAAGUAAAGAUUCUUGAAGUUCAUGUAGAUAAAGGCAUGAAACAUGGUCAGAGGAUUACAUUUACUGGAGAAGCAGAUCAGGCCCCAGGAGUGCAACCAGGAGAUAUUGUCCUCCUGCUCCAAGAAAAGGAGAAUGAGGUGUUCCAGAGAGAAGGAAAUGACUUGCAUAUGACACACAAGAUUGGACUUGUUGAAGCAUUGUGUGGAUUUCAGUUCACAUUCAAACACCUGGAUGGACGUCAGAUUGUGGUGAAAUAUCCUCCUGGAAAAGUAAUUGAACCAGGUUGUGUUCGUGUAGUUCGAGGUGAAGGAAUGCCACAAUAUCGCAAUCCCUUUGAAAAAGGAGAUCUUUACAUAAAGUUUGAUGUGCAGUUUCCUGAAAAUAACUGGAUUAGCCCAGAAAAGCUCUCAGAACUUGAAGAUCUUCUGCCAUCUAGACCAGAAGUUCCCACUGUAAUUGGUGAUACAGAAGAGGUAGAUCUCCAGGAAUUUGAUAACACUCGUGGAUCAGGUGGUGGUCAGAGACGUGAAGCCUACAAUGAUAGUUCUGAUGAAGAAAGUGCUCAUCAUGGACCUGGGGUACAGUGUGCCCAUCAGUAAACAUUUGUCUAAAAUGUUGCACAAGGAUUUUCUUUCAAGUUUUGCCUGACUUGUUUUCAGCAAUCCAGUUGGAUUGUAUAAACAAUCCAGAUGAACUGAUGGACAUCUAUUGCUGUAUGUGUAACCUUUAAAUUUAAAUUGGUCUAUAGUAUCUACAGAGUGUAUAAUUUAAACAACAAAGCUUACAUCUUCAUUUUGACUGUUCUGUAGCAGAAUAAAGCACUUGAAAGGAAGACGAGACUCCUUUUCACAUGGGUUUUAAGUUUGUCCUCGUAUCUGUGCUUGAUUUUUACCAGUUGUGUAGAUUUUAAGUUUCAUAUUUUAAUUCAAAUUCUACAUUGUAAAGUUUGUGUACAACUUGUCCUGAGGCUGGGGAUUUGGCUGCACCUGCGUAAGCUGCUACAAAUAGAAUAAUGAAUUUCAUAGCCUGUAUCUAUCAUUUUAGAUGCAUGGUACAUAAAUGGGCUUUACACAUAAUGGGUUUAGAGCUGACUGGGAACAAGGAAGACUAAAUUAGAAGUGGCUGUAAAAGUUUUUUACCAUCUUGUGAGGUUUCUGAAAGUAAAUAAAAGCAGUUGGUGUAUAAUAAACUCC